AUGUCAGAUGUUCAGGAACAGCCCGCAGCUCCAGCAGCGGAAGGCGAGGCAGCGCCGGACUUUGUUGGACCAGUGAAUGAAGGGGCAGUUGAUCAAGUCGACUCUACUUAUGCUCCAUCAGUAGGCGGGACCGAGACUACCUCUCUCAAGUCGGCUAUCACCAAGUAUCGGGAGGAGAACGGGAGGACAUAUCACUCCUACGGAUCGACGGAGCAUUGGGGGCCUAAUGACGAGAAAGCACAAGACCAGCAGGAUCUUAGCCAUCAUCUAUGGACAUUAUCAUUGAAAGGCGACUUCUUUCUCUCGCCUGUUAAGGACCCGGUAAAGAUUCUCGAUGUCGGGACUGGGACGGGUAUCUGGGUCAUAGAAGUCGCAGAGCAGUUCCCGCAAGCAGAAGUGACAGGCACAGAUGUAUCUCCUAUACAGCCAGGCUGGGUUCCUCCAAAUGCUUUCUUCGAGAUUGACGACUUCAACGUUGAGUGGCUGGAUGAGAAUAAGUUUGACUUGGUGCACGCCCGAGAGCUCUUGGGAACGUGUCCGGACUGGCCAGCUCUAUAUCGAAGAGCCUUCAGGGCAAUAAAGCCUGGUGGUUGGUUCGAGCAGCACGAGCCCGGCUUGUUCUUCCUUUCAGACCACGUCGAAUUUGGCGAAGACAGCCCUUAUGUCCAGUGGAACACGACCAUGUACGACGCGGGCAUCAAAUCGGGAAUGCGAUUCGACAUUGGAGACAAGAUCAAAGGCCGCAUGGAAGAAGCAGGCUUUAUCAACGUGACAGAGUAUCGGAUUCCGUGGCUCGUUGGCGGGUGGUCGAAGGACGAGCACCAGCGUAAAAUUGGCCAGUGGAAUCAACUGCGACUCGAUAUUGGUAUCGCAGACUUCUGCUCACGGCGGUUCACGAACCAUCUAGGGUUCACGCCCGAGCAAGUUGAGGUGUUCUGUGCUGGAAUGCGUAAUAGCUUUCGAGAUAAGAAGCUUUACUCGUAUAUCUGGGCGUACUUCGUAUAUGGCCAGAAGCCGGAGGAGUAA